AUGUCAAAUAUAAAACUGAACGUUAUUUUGCUCGUCAAAGGAGGCCGCCGGCGUGGGUGUAUCAAAUCGCAGAGGUGUGAUUCUGUAUUCGAAAUUAUUAAAAAACGAAUAAUAUUUAUUUAUAACCCGUGAAUAUUGCAUAAAAACUCGUGAGUAUAGUUAAAUUUGUGUUUUUUUUUUACCCGUACAACAUGUUUUGUAUUUUUUUUAAAAUUAGAUUAUAAGAAAUGUUUUAAUUCAAAUUUCUAGUUUUUAAAAACAAUUAUAUUUUAGUUAUAUUCGUUUGAUUGAAAAAAUAAAAUAAAAAAAAUACGGUAUUAGGUUUGGCAAAAAUAAAAUUAGAUUACUUGUCAUAGUAAUGAUUUUAAAUUUGAUAAAAAAAAAAAAACUUCUAGAACUAAGUAAUAAUAUAGUGAAAUAUUUGUUUGGCAUUGCUUAACCUUAUGCUAAAACUUAACUCCAUCCAGUUUUUGAGUGUAAAUGCUGUGCUAAAAAAUUGUAUUAAAAUAAAACCUAAUAAAAACUAAUACAAAUACAAAGAUAUCAAACGACUAUAAAGAAAAGCCCAAACAUUGUUAAUUGUUAAACUAAAUUACAGCAUAAAAACAAAAUCGAAAAUAACAGAAACCGUUUUUUACGUAAAUACUCCGACGUAAAUAAACCGACGUUUUUUCCCGGUUUUUAAAAGAAUUACAAGACAAAAAAAAUCACCUCUCCGAUACACCAAAAUAAGAUGAUAUUUUCUACCGGAAAUCACCCCCGAAGUUGACUGUCGGAUCAAAAUUUCCGUAUUCCGAUUUGGAUCAAGAAACUUAUUCAAAAAAGUAAAAAAAAAAUUACGCACAUCAUAGUGAAUUAGUGAAAUCAAUACAUUCCUCGUUAUAGGAUCAAAAUCUAAAAUGCCGUUUAUUGUUUACCCUGGGAAAUGUUGUAAUCUUCAAAUCUUCACUUGGCUUUUGACCGUUUUAUUAUUUUAUAAUAAACCAAAAACACAUACGUACCCAUAAACAAGUCUUAUAUUAUGUGCCUAAUAUUACGAUCGGCUGGAAAUGUAUUAAUACCCGCAUAACGUAUUCGUGUAACGCGUUCAUUCAAGUGGUUCUGCAAAAAAUAAACGACCAACACCGUCGCGAGAACAUCGUGCAAAGUGAAUAACAUAAAAUUCAAUAAUACACGCUUGUGUAAAACCGAUACAUUAAUUUGCCAUAAAUUAAAGAUAAUAUUAUUAAAGUACCGCGGAAGUUUCGAAAUUGAUUUUUUAUUACCGUAUACAUUUUAUGAGUGUUUGGAUUAUUUUUUUUUUUAAGUACUCGCCUAUCUACGGUCGUUAAAAAAAAAAAUAGGUAUCUUCACGGACUCCUGAAUCAAAAGAAAACAAAAACGAUAAAUAUCGAUUAAUACAGUGACGCGUAUAGGCAAUAGACGAAAUCGUUUUCGGUCAUUAUUGUUUUAUCGCGCGUAAAUUAUUCACAAGACGCGUAAAUAUCGUAAAUAAUUCGUUUGAAUGUUUUGCAGCGAGACGAGUGUCCGACUAGCCGACACACUGUAUAUUCUUGUAAUUUUAUGCCGCCCACACAUAGAACGAAUGUUUUUAUUGAAUUAAAACUGUUUUCGUUGGUUUUCUGUUUAUUACGUUAUUCGUCUCCCCAUGGAGAACUUUUCAAAUUUGCAUUGUAUUAGCGUUAAAACACAACAUGUAAAACUGUGCGUAUGUAUAUUACCUUUGUUUCUAAUUAUAAUACUAUAAAAGUAUAUUAGGUCAAAUGCCUCGACUCUGACGCAAUGUUUUUUUCCAGAAAAAAAAACCCAAGAAGUUAUAUAAAACAGAUUAUAUACGAAUGUAAAGUUAAAAAUUAUUUUGAAAUUCCCACUGAAAAAAGGCACCUACGCAUAUUAUAUAACAAUAAAUUUGCACCAUUUUUGUUUUAAAUGGGAAAAGUAGUAAAUAGUUUAUAAUAAUUAUGUGCACGCUGACAAACAGUUUGUGUCGUCAAAAUAGUAAUAAAAUUGUAAUAUGAUCGUAAUGAUUGUAACAUAUCGGUUAUAGAGUGCGGUGCGAACAUGUAACAAGGCGUAAGAUAAAAUUGUAUUUUUUUGGAGUAGGGAAAUGCUCGUGCCUUGGAUAGGGUCGAUAGGGAUACGUGGAGGGGCGUGUUGGGUUAGGUUUGGUUAGAAGCGGCAAUGGCCUCUAAGGACUGAAUAAAAACAGAUAAAAAAUUAAAAAAAAAAAUCGGAACACAUUGGGUAAUAUUUUGUAAAAUCUCAAAAUAUACAUCGAUUUCUGACGCUAUCGAAAUUCGAUUAACAAAAAUCAUAUUUAAUUUUCACAAUAAUUAUUUCGGAUUUCAAAACUUUUGUUUAUAGUUUUACAUACAGGUACACUGUUUAUAGGUAUAUUGUUGAUGAUUUCUGUUCGACCGCGGAAAAAACCGCAACAUCAACGGACAAGUCGUUAAAAUGGACAUCGAUGUAAUUAUUUGUUUGCGUUUUUUUUUUGUUGCAGGUGGUUAUUCAUCAUCGGAGCGAUACUGUGCAAGUUCGCCGCGGCAGCCGCGGACGAAGAACUGUCACCCGAAUGCAAAUAUUCAUGCAGUACGCUGAUUACUAUUAAUAAUAUAAUAUAAAUGAAUAAAAUACGUCAAUUAUCGUCGUAUUUUAUUGCACAAUGUAAACGUAUAGAGUUUUAUUACGACGAUUAAAGAUGUGGCACUUUCGGUAAAAAAACGUUCGGUUAAUUUAACGGUAAAAUACGGUAAACCGGGUAAAUUUCUUAUUAGAAUUAAAAUAAACAUAUAAUUUAUGAAUUCUGGUCAAUAUUAUUUUAAUACGAUAGUAUGCACGAAAUAUAAAUAAUUAUUAACGAUCGUGGUUUUAUUUUGUUUUUUUUAGUAAAAAAAAUGUUCUGGCUUUUGAAACAAUAAAAACUGUAUGGUAAAAAAUGCAAUUUUCAGACUCCUAAUAAUAUUAAGAGAGUUUUAAAUCGUCUCCCGACAAUUUGGUUUACGGCAAAGAACUGUGUUCGGUAUAAUUUACCCGAUGAAACUCAGAUGUUCAAAUCGUAUAUUUUUAUCGACAGUCCAAAAGUGCAAAACUAAUUUUCACUUUUGUACCUCAGUUGUGGGAUAAAAGCUCAAAAAUAGAUUGCAUUACCUGACAAAAUAAUUUACCAGUCGCACUAUAAGUUUCUGUUUAAUUUUUAACGCUCAUUAUAGUCAGUUUUGAUAUGUAUAGUGUUUUUGUACUUCAAAAACAACAGCGAUCGAAUUCGGUUAAAUUUCAGUUUUAUUGCACCGUAUUUUAUCGUGAAAAAUUAUGAUCCCCUCGUUUAAGAUCGAUUAUUACGGGAACGGGGUUUUUGAUAACUAAAGGUUCAUAUUUCUAUAUAUAGCUUAUUGACUGGCUGAUCCGGUCGUUUUGUUUAUAAUUGAGGCGCGUUUGAAAUUUGAGCGAAAUAGUUUCAAUCGUAUACAUCCCAGAUAUCCGUCCAUCAGUUGGUGUUUGCGCUACGAUCAUGUGCGUGUGUGUCCGGUUUUCGUCAAAGUUAAAACUAUAAUAAUCAUUGAACAAUUAACGAUUGAAAUGUCAUUUACACUAACUUGUACAAAUGAAUGCAUACUAAAGGCGUGAUAAAGGCAUUGUGUAUAAUCAUUUUAAGCGCGGCACGGCCGGACGUUUUCAACGGGACGAGACGCGGUAAAUAAUAAUACAAUCGCGUGCAGGUACGGGGUCGUCUUCUGUAUGCCUAACGGCGGUUUGAAAACCGGACCUAAGCAAUCGUAAUCCGAUUUUUAUUCAAUAAAUUGAACGCUUCCAUUUUUGUAACCCGAAGUAUAAAAUGCGACCGCGGAAAGAACAUAACCCCUAUCCUUCACCCGGGGCACGCCACUGCAGCUCGGCGUGUAUUUAGGUACCUACCUACGACGAUGACGUCUCAGAUGGCGUCCUCUGUGGUUUUUUUUUUCUAAAUAUAAUACACCAAAACCGUGACAAAUCAUUUUCGACAAUACACUUUUGUUUGGCGUUACCGUGUUAUUAUCGUACACAGAAAGUGGCGUACACAACGUCGUCAUGGCGACCGCGUAUUAGAUCCUACGGCGCGUCUGUACCUUAUUGGAUGCGAUCUCGGCACCGCGAGUCACGAACACGCGUCAGUAUAUAUUAUUACAUAAUGUGUGUAUUAUACAGGGCGAUCGAAAAAUCGAGAAACCAAAACUAUAAGUACGCAGUUUUGUUUUGUUUUGUUUUUUUUUUUUUUAACUAAUAACAUAAUACCGAUUUUUCGGCCGCUAAACUACUUUUUAUUUUGUACGUUCAAACAAUGAUUCGUUUAAUUUUUUUCAAACGAUAACCACGAUUUCCUCUGUUACAGGACUCUUGUUUUUAUGUAACGUUUCAACGUAUCCCCGGUUAUUGCGCAUCGAAACGUAAUUCUUUUUUUUUCAUCUAAAAACCAAAAAAAAAAAAUAAUAAAAUUCAAUUUAAAAACCAUCUAUUUCAAAAGUAAAUACUAUUAAAGAAAGUGUAAAUGAAAACAACAGGAACGUAGGUACAUUUUGGCCAUACCGGACGCUCUUUUAUACGUAUCAGUAGACGCACGCAUUUGUAUUGGGGCUUCACCAAACACCCACGUAAAAAGCGCAACGUACUAUUACGAAUUGGAUGUUCCUAUGUUCGUUGUUGCCGUGUUUAUUCAAAAUUUCCAUUGUUAUUUGCAUUUUAGAUCUUUUUAUAAUAUAUGAACGGUUCUUUUAGAAAUUUAUUUUGAAAAUUUUAUAACUUUCGAUCACAUAAUUAUGUACAAUAGUGAACAAAUGAUUUAUACCUUUUGGUCAAUAGACAGAUUAACCAUGGAUUAUUUAUGAUGGGAGAUAAUACACGAACAACAGUUCUAAGAGGCCUUUUUCGAUUUUCCGACAUUUUCCUCACAAGUUAUAUAUGGACUGAUGAAAAUAGAUAAAGUGAAGUGAAAAUGGAAAAUCUGAUUCUCGAUUUUCAAAAAUAAUAUGUGUGUACUCGAAAUUUCAAGUUGAUCGGACUGCGCGGAACGUAUCAAAAAUCGAUCGCGAAUAUGGAAAGAAUCCUACUUCUUCUUCGCGAGCAUUGUAAUGUAAGCAGAGUAAUAAUGACAAAUCGGUAAGCUGUUCCUAUAUCCUCAUCUACAAACCUCAAAUAAAAAUAAAAAAAUAUUUUGUACAUCAUACGUAGAUCAUUUAUAAAUUGUCGUAUAAUCGACCUUUUCGAGUAUUGUUUAUCGUAGAGCUGCAGAUUAUUUAAAUGUCAAUAAUUAUUAGAAUGUGUUGAGUACUGGACUUGACUCGAUAACAAUUUUUUUGGUAAUCGUUAAUUCGAUUGUUUUAUUUAAAAAAAAUGUAUUAACUAGGUAUAAAUCUCUUCAAACCUAAAAUUCACUAAAUUAAAUUUUUAUUAUAAUACCUAUUAUAAUAUUACUAUAACGAUAUUUAUGUUUAAUUUAGUUUUUCGAGUAGUCGACUCGACAAUUUUUUUUUUUUACUUUAAUAGAAUUUUGAACUUAAAUCGACUCGAACAAAUGAAGACGUGACUCGACUAGAUUUCAAAAACCGAAAUUCGCCCAACUCUUAUACAUAUACAAAUAAUUUCCAUUUUAAACGUACCUACGAGACUAUACGUAAUCGCAAUUGAACUUUAAAUAAUAUAUUCUUUGGCCGACGAUAAAACGAUCACUCUGUACACGUAUAAUGUGCAUGUACAUAAUAUAUACAUGUAUGUUGGUAACGCGCGUAUUAUAAUUUAAAAGGAAUCCUUUGAUUUUUAUUUUUUAUGUAAUCCACCCGCCACCGGGGUUACUGAACGCGGCUUUUGUUGGUAAAUAUUCACUUAAUAGUUUCCCGCGUUGCUCCCUUUCUAUAUAAAUUAAAUCUGCGUGCGUUCGAAGUAUUUCGCUUAUGUGUACGGCUAGGUGCCGGGAUAAAUGAAAAAAGCUACCUGCUCUAUGGGAUUUCUGUGUUGUAAGCCAAUUAUUAUUAUUCUUCUAUGUUCAAAGGAAAAAUUACAAAAAAACCUCGGCGCAUCGUUCAAAUUAUUGUAAUAUUACGAUAACGCAAUGAAUCAAUUAUUCAUUGAUAUCGAUUUAAAGAAGUUCACGUAUAAAUACUAUGAAUAAUGAUAAGCCCGUUGUAAAUAUUUGCGUUUUGUUUUAAACAGCACAUUAUUAACGUACACCAGUGUUUCAGACUGUUUGAAUAUUCCUGAUUGUUUUCUCUCUCUUACUUAGGGUAUCUUGAGGUUAAGUUCAAACUAAGAUUUAAGACUUAGUUCAUGUCGUGUAUAGGCAUAAAAACUAAUUUAUAAUUUGCUUUGUUUAUUUUCAUUACAAAAUACAUUAUUGAGAAAAUAUUAUUAUGUCUUGUGUUGUUUUUUCACUCUUCUUCUGAAAUUUAAACUUAAAAGGUAAAAAAAUAAAAUAAUUUUAGUGUAAAAAAAGAUAAACAAUGCUGUUAUGACGUACUUACAAGUAAAAAUACUCAUCUGUAUUGAAGUUUGAAAUACUUAUGGCAAACUGUACAUGUCCGAAUCAUUAUCAAAACAAACUAAUUAUACAUUUUAUUGACAUUUUUGAAAACUAGCUAUAAUAUGUUUUAACAAUAACAAACAAUGUUAGCUUGAAUAUAACCUCGAAAUACCCUCAACUGGAAAGACACUAUCUUUUGAAAUAGUAGUAUUUCUUUAUUCAAAAUUCCGAAUAGUGCUUGCAUAACGCAAAGGCCUAUCCAUUAUUUAUAACCUAUGAUCACUAUUUACUGUAAUAGAUGUUUGAUACAUCAGUUAAUAUUGAAUAUUUUAGAUUCUUCGCUAAGCGAGAAAUAUAUUGGUUUCACAAUGAUGUUUUUUUUUUUUUUGUUUUUUUAUGUGAACAAUUUUUCUACCAGAAAGCUUACUCCAGUUAUCAAGUGUAGCACCUUUUUGGCAAGAAAAUGUUUGCUGGGUGGUACUUUAAAAAGGUCAUUUUUUGAAAUUCUCAUUAAUAUUCGAGGUAAUGAGGAAAGUCUGGUUCUUUAGGUUAAAGAAAGCUGAAAGAUUAAACAUAAGGUUGUUAUUGGCAACCGUUUUUAUUUAAUUUUUGUUGCUUUUAAGUUUUUAUUAUUUUAAUCUUUUUUUAAACAAACAUUUUUGUCAUGAAAAUGCACAUUGUUGUAGGUAAUCAUUUUGCCAUAAUAUGACACACUAUAUAUUGUUGACGAAAGCAACACUAUCAACUGAACUCCGCUCUGAAUCGUUUUUUCUUAAGCAAUGGUUCAUCGUCGCUUACAGAAAUCCAUUAAAUUCCUGUUUGUAUCCUUCCCUCUCAACUUCCCACCUACAACAGUGGCUAUGAAGUACGUCCGUCUUUUCAAUGUUGAUUUAAAAAAAAUAAUGAACUUAAAUAGUUAAAUUUAUUUUUUAUUAACUUUAACUGUGAGCUUGGUUGUUUAAUUAACUUAGUAUAGCUCAAUCGAGUUGGUUAGUUAAUUAGUUAGAAAUAUUCUACUCCCCAAACGAAACAAUAGCUAUGCGGACGUUUUCAUGUAAACAGACUACUUAUAAUAUUAGUUUUUAAUUAAUAAUGCAUUUCAAAACAGUAUAGCGGUAAUUUCGCGUUAUUCUCGUAGUUUUCGUGGUAGGUAUACGACGUUGGAUAUUACAUGUUACACUGUUUUUAGAGGACACUGCGAGCUACAAAAGCAGCAACAAUAUUAUAAAAUUAUUUUAUAGAAACACCGUCUUUCAAGACCGCGGAGUUUCGGUACGGCAGUCACGUGCGUUCGGCUUUAUCUUUUUCCGUCCUCCGCCCACCGUCCUCGCGCUAUCGUCGCUCUUUACUCUUUACGUGUAUCGCCCACGCCAGCCCCAGCUCCCCUUACCCAUCCCGAUUUUCACCAUACGCAUAAUAUUCGCUGAUUUUAUUUUUUUAUCGAAAAAACUUUCCGACGUUUUCUCCGCGUUGCAGAGAUCGUGGCGUCAGAUAGUAUCGUCGUGCACGAGUUUUAAAUUUCCGAAGCGCAUAAUGUUAUAUGGUGUUCACAAUAUAAGUACGUAUAUGUAUAAUAAUAAAACAUAUUAUUAUACAGAGUGAUGAAAAAACAUCCCUGAGCCUUAUAGCUCCGUCGCACAAGCCGAGUUUGUCUCCAUUAUAAUUAAACACCGGUAUUUUUUGUGAAAUUUGAGCAUAUAAAUAGUUGGGAAUGGGUCGAAAGUCGAAACAACCAUAAGGCACUUUCUUGAUAAACCUAUCCAUGUUUAAAGAAUCUGUAGAUAUAACCAAGCAAUAAAAACAUCCUCUCGCAAUAACAACAUGAUGAAUUUCAUAUUGAAAUUCAACCGAAUAUAUGUUUCACUUUAAUGCACAUACAAAACAAAUCUAUAACUAUAUACUAUCUAAACAAAUCAAAACCCGAGUUUGAACUAAUUUCGUCCAAAGGAAGCCGCUAAAAGUGUUCAAAAGUAACGUAAAAAACAUAUAUAAACGUCUGAUAUAUUUUAGACACACACAAAACACAGCAAUAGUUUCUAAUUUUUGAGAGAAGUCUACAAACAGUCUCUAACAUUACGAUUAAUAGGUAAGAUUUGGAAAUAUUCGAUAAUUCGCAUACUACCAAAUAGAUUUUGCAACAUUGCUUUCAUAUUAAAUAUCACAAUCUAUCGACAAAUUCUAACAUAAAAUUAAUUUGACACACUAUAUUUUAUAUUCUGAGGGAUGUGAUGGGUGAAUGAAUUGGUUUAACUAUAUUGUGUGUUUUUGCAGUCUGUAAACAACUAGUAAAUAAUCUCGAAAAUAUUUAUUUUUUUCUACUAGAAAGCUCCGAACGCCAUUUUUGAUAGCUGGACUAGAGAAUUUGUAUUAAGUUUUGUCUAGUCAAUACAUUAAGAGAAGAGGGGCUAUAUUUUGAUUUCCUAUUUCCUAUUUAAUUUUCUUAUAACUAAUACCAUGAAAAUAACCCGGACAAAUUUACUCAAUGGCGCUGUUUCUAUUUUAUUAUUUUUUCCUAAUUCAGUUAAAAAAAGUCUUAGAGACCUGCAAUUUUGACAAAAUACUCAUAUUUCACUUUCUGGACUUGAUACAAAAUGUAAUAAAUUUUGUAAUAACCUUCUAUAAAAUUAAAAAAAUAACCUAAAUAUCGCGGUAUUUUAAAACAUUCAGUUUAAUCUAAAUUUCUUAAAAAUUAUUUUUUUCAGAGUUUUAUUUAAUAAAUAAUUGUUUUCAUAUACAACUUAACUUACUUUUUAGAUUACUUUUCCAAAUUGCCAAAUUGUCAAUUUUCCUAUAAAAUAUUAUAUACUUAUGAAAAAAAAAAAUGACUUAUGUAAAAACUAUUUGGAGUAAUUUAUUCUAAAAUCUCGCGUUAUUUUUGUUUUUCCACUUUUAUGUUUAAGGGUGAUUUUUUUUCCACCCAGCAUAAAAAUAAUCCGUUUGCGUUUUAAAAUCAUUGUGUACUCCCAUCAACCAACCUAUUUAUACAAUAUUAUUUUAUUAUUUUAUAUACGCACGACAGCCGCUGGAGGUUUUUCUAAUAUCGGGAAAUAGCGAUGGUUGUUUUUUUUAUUUUAAAGGGGUCGAGAUCAAAAAAAAAAACAUUUUCCCAAUAAGAAAACACUCUUUCGAUUAAACGGUUCAUAGAUCAAAAACAAUAAAUAUACAAAUGCCUUGAAUUCCUCUGGUCGUAUAAAUAUUUGUUUUUUUCGACAUUACUCCGAGAAGAUUACACGUACGUGGUAGAAACGAGCAAUACAAAAAAAAAAAAAGAGAUGAAAACUCUGUCGCCACCUUCCGACGAACGUUUCAAGCACAUCACGAUGUAAGUUGUUAAUAGACCGAUACGCGGAGUGCUUUGGAACCGCCCAAAUAGACAACUAGAUCGCGCACCGCGUCGUCGCCAGAACGGUGACAUAAUAUUAAAAUGCAACGGAAAUAGACUUCAGUGAGUUUAUUUUCUGAAAUAAUUGAUCGUUUCUCUAAAAAAAAAAAUUGUGAUUUUGCAGUGAUGAAUUCAAAUCGAGAAUUUUUUUACAAUUAUAGGAAAGUCGCGUAAUUAGCACAGUUAACGCAGCAACGUUAUAAUUUUAUGUUUUUUUUGAAAAGUUUCGCAAACUAUUUCUAUUAAUAAAAUAAAAAUCAUGGAGAAUUUCCGGUAUUCGAUCCUCGGCGAGACCGUCGCGUCUCGGGUGUGUAUAAAUCCCGUAAUUACAUACCGUUUAAACCCUUUCCGGGACGCUCGUCCAAACAAAAGCGGGACCCAAGUAUUUUAAACGAGAGGCUUUUUAACAGUACCCUCGCCCAUUGCACACGCAUUACUUCCGGUUAACUUUCAUACCCUCUUUAUAAAUUAUAUACAUUCGCAAUUACAACAAAACGCAGCUGUCUGAAUCGUGGCAUAAAACAACAAAUAAACGAAGACGAUCAGGAGCGGAAAUUUUAGGACUGGUAAAAAUGAGUAAACAUCAAAAAUAUCACCUGACAAUGGAUAUAAAAAUAUUUAGCCCGUGUUCGAAGCCCAUUGCACUGGGAUCAGGGGUUUUGGGACUGUUUGUAUUUUUGAAUUUUGCCAUCAGGUCUUAUCGACUACUGCUGAACGCGGAUUUUUGAAAUUCGAUAUCAUAAAACUCUAGAUUACAAAAUAACUUUGCCGAACUUUUCCGUUUUCUACCAAGUAAAAAUAAUGGGCCUAGUGUUGAAUUUUCAAGAAUUUCUAUUUGGUCAAACGAUUUUAUCCCAGUCCAGAAUUGCAAAUCUCUACGAAUAUUUUUUCAAAAUGCAAUAAAAAAAGGUCGAUUUCGUCAUUUGUGGUUAGAGCGAGAUGUUCGGUAAAAAUGUUGCUCACUGAUAAAAAAAAAAAAAAAAAAACACACUAUACCAAAACCGAUAGAUCUCCGCCUUGCUCAGAAUCCAAAAUAAGGUUACGGAUACGUCAUUGUGUAUCUACGGGCGCCGACAAUGUCCGGAUAUAUAUAUAUAUACAUAUGUAUUAAAAUCAUUUGAAUACAUUUAAAGCGAUAAACCGCGGAGCGGCCGUACGUUACGUUUAAUUAAUUCUUUUCAAAACGUCCGUUUGCCCGACGGCAGUCCGCUAAUAAUAUUAUUUUACUUUAUUACUCAAUCGCGACGGCCGUAGGUACGCUCAUAAUCCAAUGUGAUAAAUAAAUUUACACUAUUUACGAUUCGGAUAUUCGACAACAGAUUGUUGUUUUGUACGGUUUCGAAUGGGCGAUCGCGUAGUUGUACAUUGUCUGUAUUGGCAAUACGAUAGUACUUUUAUCCCGUUUUGAAGUGUUAAAAUAGCAUAUUCAGCCAACAAUAGUAAAUAUAUUAACGUGACUUCGAGUAAUAUCGUGUGUGACCUCGAACAUAAAAAAAAAAAAAAAAAACCAUUCCUCCGGCGAAUAAUACACAGUUCUGUGUAAACACAUAUACGUAUACUAGCUGAUCCGACAAAGCUGCGCUAUUGCUAGAUAACAGCGUAAACAAUAGUUAUAACGGUUUUCUCGUCCGUAUUAACUAAAUUGGCAUCCGUGUCACCGAGUCAACCUGUAAACCAACAAGUAAAAUUUAAUCGACGUUCCAAAAAUACCGAAAACCCUUCCGUCCCGCUAGCUGUCCCGUCUGGCGUGGCCCGGGCCAAUAUUUUUGCUAUUCCAUCCGCAUACCCGAGGUAACUGACGAUAAAACAAAAACGGAUCAAUACAAAUUCCAUUUUCGUACCAAAAAUAUCCAAAAACCUCUAUUUCACUCCCUCGGUGGCUGAAUUUUCAAAAACCCUUUCUUAGCGGAUGCUUACGCGUCACGUAUGCCAACAUUUCAGUCCGAUCUAUCCGGUGGUUUGUGUCUGACGAUGACCGAUCAGUCAGUUGGGAUAUGUUAUUUUGUAUACCUAUUAAGGCUAUUCGAUAUACGUAAUUAGCUGAUCCGGCAAUGUUUCGCAAUCGCUAGAUAACAUUAUAAAUAAUAGUGAUAACAGUAUUAGUAGAAUUUAUUGAUUUUAUUGUUUUUACAGUUUUUGUUGUUUUCAAUAGUUUGUAUUGUUUGUUGCUUUAGCCGUCUCACAACUGGCGUUGUCCGUUCCAAUUUUAUUAUUUUUAUUUUUUUUUUCACCCAUAUUCAUACUUGGUUUUGACCGUGUCAGAAUUGAAUGAAAAAAAAUAGGCGCAAUGUUGGUAAUCCACAUUCGGGGGAUCAAAAGUAUUCUAUUGCGUUUACUUAAGUCACGCAACGAACAAAAUUUAAAUAUAAUAUAUAUGGUUCGUUAAGUUGGAAAAGAUUGAAAUAUUAAAAACAAAAUAGUCAACCGUUGGCAACCGUUUUUCAUUUAUUUUGUGUUGUUAUUAAAUUUUAAAUUAUUUAAAUCUUUUUUUAAACAAUCAUUGUUGUCAUGGGAACGCACAUUGUUGUAAUUGUUUUACCACAAUAUGAUGCAUAUUUCAUGUAUUUUCUUUUUUUUAAAUUUUAUUCCAAGAUAACCAAUCAACAAUGUUCGUACAUAAAAUACCAAUAAACCGGUGUCAAUCCUUUAGGAGUGUAAUUUUAAAAUUAAAAUAAUAUUGUAGCCUUCUCCGAUAAAUUGACUAUCCAACACAAAAAUCAUUUUUCAACCCGGACCAGUGGUUCCUGAAAUUAACGCGUUCAAAUAAACAAACUCUACUGCUCUAUAAUACUAUAAGCAUAAGAUAUAGAUGUAAAUUUUAAAGUUUAAUUAGUUUUGAAAGCCGACCUCCGUUUUCGAGAACGGCUGUAUCAAUAUCGAUCUCGCAAAGACUAAUAAAACGAAGUCCGGGAAGAACCAUUCCAAGAAACAUUUGGAUUGUGAAACACGUGUCUUAAACCGGGCUCCGCCAAUAGUAUUGAACAGUCGUUAGAAAUCGUUUUUUAUGGCACUAAAAAGGCCCUACUGUGCUACCGUAAUGGUAUGGUGUUUAAAGAUUACCAAUACCAUAAACUGUUAGUGUAUCGUGGUUUACAGUAUAACCAUUAACUAGUUUAGAAGUAACUAGGUGUUAUUGGGUAUAUUCGAUUAGUAUUAUUAGGACAUUUUUCGGCGCUUUAUAAUUUCGGGUUUGAAUUUCAUAUUACACACGAAAAUCGGCCCUAUUAAAACGUAUUUGUAUUGUAUAUUAUAUAUUUUUAUUUAUAAAUUUAUGACUGCGUUUUAUAUAUUAAGAUUUUUUUUUAGUGUCGGCCUUGUUUUAAUCACGAGAAUAACUGGCUAUUAACUAUAACAAUGAUUUUUAAAUGAUUAUGGGUGUAAUAUCUACAUCUGAGGGGGAGAGGGAAUUCUAAUACCUUUAUAGAUUUUUAGUUUAAUCAAAGCCUACAUCCCUCAUGAUUUUACCCCAGAUUACGCCUAUGGCACUAGCAGUAGUAUUCAAUAAUAAUAAAUACGACAAUUUAUUUGAAAUACUUCACACGGCGAUUCUUACAUGCAAUAGUGAUAGCGCUAGUGAUUUGCAUUUUGUCACGCACAAAUUUACGGUCGAACCUCUAUUUAACGAACUUCCAUGUAACAAAACUAAGCGACAUAAUGAACUUUUGUACGGAACUAUGCAAUUUUUCAUGAACGUUGCUAUGUACCCAAAUUAAUUUUUUAUUAUUAUUUUAUAGUUCAUUUUAAACUGUUUCAACUUAUAGAGUGCACGCUAGUUAAAUAUUGAUAUAGUAUAAGGGAGCAAAUUGAAUAUUAAAUUCAAUUUUGCGAUCUAAGAUUACCGUUAUUGACUAAUGGAGACGGAAAACCAUUUUUGUUACUAAAUAAUCGUUAUCGUAUCGCGUAUCUCGUUAAAUUUUAUUGCAUAAGAUUAUUAUUAUUAUUUUUUUCUUUUAACAACUUUUAAAUUGAUAACAACUCAAAAGAUGUAGCCAUUAUUUGCAGUUAGUUUCUUGAUUCUAAUUCAGUUACAUUAUACUUACUCUUAAAUUAAAUUGUAUCAUUUAAAAAAGUUAUUUUUGAAAAUUCCAGAACUACGAGGUUUCGUUCAGUCAGGUUCCAGUAAAUCAUCAAGACAUUCGGUCGUGUCGAGUUUCAAAUAAUCCUGUUCAUAUAUUCUGUUAACAUGUAUUAAACUGAACGCCAGGUCCUAUAAGUUUUACAUAAAGUCGGUUCUACAUUUGCCAUGAGUAACCCGUGGAUAAAUCUAAAUCUUGUGUGACCGAGUCUCAAUCUAUUUAAAAUUAUUCCCUCGUAUCGUUUAAGAUUUGAGUUUUCCCGUAUAAAUGUAGAUUUUUUUUAUCGGGUCACUUUUGUGUUUAUUCCAGAAGAUAUGCCAUUUACGUCUUAUGUGUAAAUUAAUACAAUUUUUAAAAUCAUUGUAAGAAAUGAGAUAUAAUGGAGUUGUGUUUGUAUUUAUGUGUCAUGCAGAUUAUUUGGCAUGUUUGUCCGUAAUUUCAUUCCGUUUUAUUCCAAAGUGCUCCGUAAUAUAUAUAUAUAUAUAAGAUUAUUGUAAUCGACUAAAAGAGUAUUUCUUUUUAACAGUUUUUUGUUCAAAAACUAUCGAGUUCGGCAAAUAGAAUUUUGACUGUAUAUAACCUAGCCUAACAUAAGCCUACGGACAAUUUUAAACGAGGUUAAAAGUAUAAUAUUAUAGUAGUUCUCAAAUUUUAUUACGAUUAUUUCCUUUGUAUUUAUCAAAAAAUGGUUUUUACAUUGACAAUAAUCAAAGAAUCUACUUUAAUAGUAUAAGAACAAUAUUUAGAUAUUUUAAUUUUUUUAAUUUUUAAUUUUAAUUUUUUUUUCUUUACCCAUAUUUCUUUUUGGUUUUGACAGUGUCAGUAAUGAAUAAAAACAAAUAGGUGGAAAGUGAGUAGUUCACCUACGGUGGACAAAAAGAAAUGUAUAUUUUAUUAUCGUCGUCUCUGGUUGUACAAUUUUUAAUAAAAAAAAAAAAAAAACACGCUAUUCAAUUAAAUUUUAAAUGUAUUUCUAUUUACUGGAGUUAAAAGAAAAAAAUCCUCUUUUUAUACACAGAAGAAAUUAUUUCGUAUAAAUAUACAUAAGAAUAAACAAUUAAAUAGGUAGGUAGACAAAACAAAGUCUUUUUAUGAACGGUAGAGAAAAGGGAUUUUUUUUUUGAGAUUAUUAUACAAACUGCAUUUUGCAUAUUUUAUACGUCCAAUCUACGCAUUACGAACGGUAAUUUAAUUUUGAUUUCGAAUUUUUUUGUUUCUUUUUACCAACAUAAUCCGCCUAAUAAUACGUUUAUAAUGACACGAAAACGUGAGUACCUUUAAGCGAUGCGCACGAGUGGCACGAGUAAAAAAAAAAACAAAAACCCCAAAAACAAAAACCGUUUUACAAAGAUAAAUCGGAUAUAAAACGCGUCGCGCGAUUUUUCGUCGACUUACGGGCGUGAGACGGACAAAGAAAAUAUUAUAAGUUAUAUAAUACCCAUCUAAGUAUGUCCGGGAGCACGUUUUUCAAAACUUUUUGGCGGUAAUCUUUUGUUUUCGGCGUGAUUUUUUUUCCGGACUCGCGAGCAUAAGAGUUUCGAGAUUUACGGGACGUCACCGUCGUCUAGCGUACGAUAUUAUAAAAACUCAUUUUAUGAGCACGCGAAACCGACGUCAGGACGUAAGCGGGCCGGCCGCGUCAUUUACGACUAAAGUGGCCUCUCGUUUUAUUGUGCUCACGAGCCACCGUGCUUCUAAUAUACCACGAUCAGUGUGAUACGAGCGAUGCGUACACCGAAAAAAAAAAAAAAAAAUACUUUAGGAAAACGGGGACGGGAGCAGCCACUGUUAUAGCCUUAUGGGUAAUUUAAUGUAUACCUGUAAGUAAAGAUAAACCAUUGCUUACGAAAAAUCGAUUCUGAGUGAAGUAUAGUUGAUAGUGUUGCUUUGUCAACAAUAUAUAUGUCAUUUUAUAGUAUUAUAAUUAAAUAGGCUUUGUGUAUUUUCUCUAAUAAUAUUUGUUUAAUGUUGUACCGAUUUCUUUGGUUUUCCUACGUUUUCCCAGUUUUUCCGUGUUUUUUGCCGGUUUUUCACAUUUGCUGGGAAAACUUUUGGGAAAAUCGAAAAAUGACUUCCCUAAAGUACCUUACCACACCGAUUUUCUUUUAGAAAAUGUGCUUUACUUCAAAAUCGGAGGAAGAUUUCUAGUAGAAUAGUUGCGCAAUAAACAUUUUUAUAAAAUUAUAAGCUUUUUCGCUCCACUCAGAAUCUAAAACAUUAAAAAAAUUAUUCACAACUGCGGGUCAUUUUUACUUUGGCCACAAAAUUGCCAUGUUCCGAAACCCGGGAUCGCAGAGUUGUCUACACAGAUCAAGCUUGCAAUGAAACUCUUAGAGCUAUCGACAUUUUAUCGCCAUACAGAAAAUUAGAAUCGUCAUUCUUCUUUAGGGUCACACGAGAAUCAGUAAUAAUAAUUACUGUCAUGCAACCGAAACUCUAUUAACCUUCUCUUGUAGUUACUAGGUUGACUCCGAAAAUUGUUCGCUUACCGAAAAAGAUAUUAGUUAAAUACGGAAUUAAUUAGUGUUAGAUAAUGUUAUAUAAAAUUGAAUAUAACAGUAGUGACCAACCUGUUUUUACUGAGGGCCAUAAAAAAAUGACACUAGUUCUAGGUUGGCUAAAAAUUUUAAAGUUUGCUUUUAAGUUAAUAGAAUAUUAUAUUUUAUUGUAGGUACAUCCUAAUAUAAGUACAGUGAUUUUAUUUAAUUAUUUAUUUUGUUUCGCUUGUUAUAAAUGAGAAAAAAUGUAAAGUUUUAUCAUGUUUUUUUUUUUAUGUGAGUGUUAAUUUUUGAAAUUUGAAGUUAUUUUUUUUCUUCGAUUUUGAUUCAAUAAUACUUUGAUGAGCCGAUAAAUAAAAUUUGAUCGUGGGCCAGAUUUGGCCAGUGGGCCGUAGAUGGUCACCACUGGUAUAUAAUAUAUUGUAGGUUUCAGGUUAAGUUCAAUCAUGUGGUCAAUAAUAUUUAAUUUAGAUUUUGAAAGAACUGUACGAGACUGUGGGAUUUGGCUGUGAAUUGCCUGCAACAUGGGACGGUAAUGCUGUGUGACGGGCGGUAGGGGGUGAGGGACGAAAAUGUGGCUUCGAUGAACACGCUACCGCCAUCUCUCGGAAUCCGUCGUCGGGCUAGUAACGUAAUCCUUCGACUGCAGAUGGCGAUCGGACACGAUAAACGGCGUCGAAUUUAUUAUGGUAUCAGUUGUGUCGUUUGUUUCGCAGAACGUGACAGACGGCCAUAAUAAGUGUGCGACAAAAUACCGACUUACGAGUAUAUAAUAUUUUGUCUCUUUUUUUUUUUUCUGUCGAGUCUGACUGGAAGACCGUUUGAUAAAUUACGUCAACAACGUCUCCUCUAUGACCACUCCCCACCCCCUUCCGGCAUACCGACCGGACCGUCCCUUUUGUCGGAAUUUAAUUAUUUUCCGCGCACACCUCUACCAUACACUACUUGUAUACCUCCUAUAUUAUAUACUUAUCUACGCGUUUUCCCGUUCGACUUCUGCAAGUCCGGGCCGUACGCUCCCGCGGUAUCCUGCCAAUCCGGUGUCCCUACUUCCCCUCCCAGACAAAACGAACAAACGACGUGCUCUUCUGAACCCUUUUCCUCGGGUGUCCUAGGUCCAUCCCUACACGCCCCGACAAAUAGACAGGUGCAUGUGUCCAAGUAUUACCUAUAUAUAUGACAAUUUUUUUCGCAUCGUUUCCUCAGCAGAAAUUGAUGACCAACGCGAAUCGGCAAAAAUUGAUAAUUCCGGCGUAGAUAAAUCGACAUCGUUUCUCGCGGAGAAGAAGGGGACCAUUUGUUUUGGGUUUCCAAUGCACCUCGGCCGCCAACAACGCGAGUACCUAUUCGGUUUUUAACGACAAUUCUCUGCGAAUUCUCUGAAAAUUCAUCUGCGAUAAAUCGAGUAAUCCAGAGUUACUGCGCUGGACGAAAUUGUAAAUCGUGCUACCAAACUAGAACGCUGCAGAAUCUAGACCACGAUAAUUGAUACAGGGAUUUAAAAAAAAAAAAUCAUGUUUUGCAUUUUAAAUAUCGAUCCAUAUUAUAUCAGGUUAUUUCGGAAAUGAUAUCCUCUAUUAAAUUUUCGAUCAGAGAUGUUAUGGCUCUGAAAUAACUUUGAAGGGUACUUUUUUCCGGUUUCGGGUGAACAUAAUAUUAUAUAUUCGAACAAAUUUCACAAUAAUUGUACAUUAAAAUACGCUUGUACGUUUUAUUUGAAAGCGAAUAUGAAUAUAUUUGUUGAUAUGAUAAAACACAAAGAAUUCCGUUAGAAUAGUCUGAAAGCGAGACUACUUAAAUCACUGGGUCUUUGGGUCUUCUCAAGACGAUAAUCCGGUAUGAUUGAUAGGUAUUGAGUAUAGAUGGUGCUUAUUUCAAAAAAAAAUACAACGGAUGUAUUACUUAUUGGAUAAUUUUCGUGAUAUAAUAUGAAUUAAUUAUUGUAAGUCAGAAUCUGUGGCUAAACUUUUUUUUCCCCUUUAUUUAUUCUAUAAAAUAUUCUUGCAAUAAUUCUUUAAAAAUAUUAUUCUAAUAAAAUUUUUCUUAGGAAAAAAAAAUAAUAAGAUAAUUUGUUGAACACAGUACCGGUAGAUCGCCAAAAAAAAAAAAAAACGAAUGCGCACAUCGUAUAGAUUCCUCACUGACGUUAGAAACUAAAUAUUAAAUAUGCUUAAAGCAUAAAGUCUACUAGGGGAAAAUCCGUUUAUAAUAAAGCAGCAGAGCUGCUCACGGGUGUAUUUAUUUAUUAUUCAUAUUUAUUUUUAAAAAAAAAUACAGAGAAAAAAUAACAUUAAAAACGUUAAAAAUGAAUAUAUUGAAAUUCAUUUACGGUACUAUGCCAUCGGAUACAAUAAUAAUAUAGUAGUUAUACGAUUUCCGGGUAAUGAUAUUUUUCGUGUCGUUCUAUAUUUUUUAUUAAAACUUUUUGAAAUGGAUAUAACAACCGAAGGUAUUUUUCCGUACAUUAUUAUUUCACCAAGUUUUAUUAAACACUUAAUCAAAAUGAUUUAUCCCUGUGCAUUUGUUUUUUUUUUUUUUUUUAUCGUGGUCAUUGGGGUUUUUUCAAUAUACUAUCGGGUUAUACGAAAUGCGCAUAUUAUUAUUGUUGUUAUUAUUAAGUAUUUCAAAACAAUAAUACAUUAUUUUCGCAUACUUAAUAAAUUUAAAAAAAACUUACGACCUCACAAAGUAAACAACAAUUUUCAUUUGUGUUAUCAUUUAUUUUGUUCUGUCAUCUUGAUAACUAUAUUUAAUCAAACAUUUCGAAUGCACAACGGAAAUGUUGCAACCCGUUUCAUAUUAAUUAUAAUACGGCACAUACGUAAAUUGUGACCUGGUGUCUAAAUCAAGCACUAGUUGCGGUAUAAAAUUGUCGCCUGAGGUUAUGAAAUGGACGUGCAAAUUUCGAUCACAUAAUAAUGACCACUUUUUAUCAGCCUAUAAACAAUAUUGAAACUAUGUAAAUCAUUGAAACCGUGAACUUCGUAAAUUGUUUAAGUUGUAGUUAUGGUUUUUUCAGAGGUUUCUUAUUUUUUACGAAAACUGCAUGGAAAAUAAAAAAACAACUUUUAUAAUGCAUCAAUCGACAAUAUCUAAAACACAAUAAAAAAUAAUUUGUAUAUAUUUUGAUUGAAGCAAGAUUUCUGAUGGAAAAAUGAUUUACAAAAAUAAUGAAAAAGUACACCAAUAACCAAUACAUUCGCUAAACUCAGAAUUUAAAACUAUUGAUGUAUUGUUUUAUUUAAAUACUUUACAAUAACCUGGUCAGUUAUAAUAAACUAUUAGACUAACAAGAGACGUAUACCUAUAUGAUUUUUUAAAGGGGGAGAAUGUUCAGGACAGAGGUUAUAAUCGUCAUGUUUUUUUUUUUUGGUUUUGGUUUCGUUUUGGUAUUUAAUGAAAAACAAAUUAUUGCGGUUUUGAUUUUAAUCAAGUCUAGAAAAUAUGCAAUUAAGGUUGCGGUCAAUACCUUUGUCGGUUACAAAUACAUUUUUUAAAAACUAAAAUUGAAUUGAUCGUAGCCCGUAUUUACCAUACUCGACGUGUGUGCGUAUUAAUAAUGUUAUUAUUUAGAAACUAAUUUUAAAACCUAAAACCAAUUUUUUCUUGCUUGCAAUAUCAAUACAACCAAAAAAAAAAAAAAAAAUUGUUUUGUUAUUUAUAAUACAGUUAAACCUUAUAGUCUGCACGCCUAAAACCAAAGGCAGUAAGUAACAAAAUUUGAAAAAUGAGUUUAUUAUAUCAAAAUAUUAGUAAUUUUAUGGAACUAAGUAUCCUUUGGGGGUAAGCCCCUCUUUCAAAUCGCAGUAAUUAUAACAGUAGGUAAUAUUAUUACGCAGUACCGCAGAACAUAAUAAUAAUAUUUGAUUACGCGGUAUCCAAUAAUGAGCGAUACUUAUUACUUACAGUCGACGCAAAUACGCGAUCACGAAUACUCAGAACCGACGCGAUACCCAGAUCUACCCUUCCAGCCGUUCUCUCGUAGUCACUUACUGGUAACUACGUCUCAUAACCGUGACGGGUGAAUCGAGACCAUAUAUUUAUAAAAUAUUUUCGAAAUUCUCUUUAACCAAUAAUUUCGUUUGAAUACUUUCGAAUGCUGUCGAUCAGUAUCAGUAUUGCACAGCUACAUAGCCUACAAACUAUAAUCAGUUACAAUAUUAUAUUAUCGAUUGCAUGGGUACUUCACUUCAUUUGAUACGUUGAAAAACAGCCCGAAUGGGCUACGUGUUGUAUAUCGUAGGCUAAAGUAAUAUGACUUUUAUUCUCUAUGUACAUAGUGUAAAAUGUUCUAUUAUAAAUAGUAUAUAGUGUUAUAAAUAAUGUCGACAACGUCGCGCAAAUUUAUUUUUCCGAUCAUCCAUUUGCUUUUAAAUAAAAAGCUAUAACCGAAGAAAAUUGAACUUUAAAAAUUAAGUUCGGGUUUUAGUUUGUUUUUUUAAACAUUUGAAAAAACGGUUUCAGUUUUUGCCCCGGUUCAUAAUUAACACAAGGUUCCCGGUUACAUAACCGGUUGUUUUCGGUCCGGUUACAGUCCCGGGUUUAAAGCUUAAAAAAAUACCGGUCUUUUGCGACAACAUACUUCAUUUCAUAAUGAAAUUCGACCAGUUUUAUGACGUCAACCAGCCUAUAAAAAAAAACUUAAAUUCUAUAAGUUCGAGCACAUGUGGCCAUACAGCGGAGAGAGCCGGAAAAAAUGUUAACAAUGUAGCAAGAAAAAUACAGAUACGACCAUAGAAGGCUGCAUCGUUUUCUAUUUUUGGGAAAAAUUCGACAACAACACGACUCUAUUAAACAUUUAUAAGUACUUGUGGAGUUAUAAAAUAGUUAUGCCGUCACUGUACUCAUAAUGUGGGUACAUAAUAGCACUCGGCGAAAUAUUUAAUAAUUAAUUGUAUAAUUUUAUAUUUAUAAGAAAAAAUAUUAUUUUUUAAGUACAAAUUAAAAAAAAAUGUUUUAUUAUUAUAAGCUUUUUGAGUAAUCAUGGUGAUAACAUCUAAAAAAAAAAAAAAAAAAAAACAGAAAGUUCCCAGAGUUUACAAACUAUCUUCAUAAAACCGAAAUGGAAAAAUGAUUUAUUUUUUUUAACUUUCCAUAUUACAAAAUUCAAAUAAUGAUAAUAUUUUAUCGCCAUCGCCGCCGCCGAGCAACUAUAACCACGCCGCACCACUGGAAACCCGAAAUUAUUUUUGUUAUUUACGCCUCAAUAGGCUCGAAUAAAGUAAUUACAGUGAAAUAAAAGUUGUUUUUUUUCCAAUCCAUUAAAAUACAUUAACAAUUUCAUUAUUACGGUAUAAUUGGUAUAUGAAAAUGGUUUUUUUUUCUUUUUUUGUUUUAAUCUUAGAAAAUGUAAUACUUACAGUAACCAGGAUUCGUGUAGGUUUUAGGAGCUAUUUACGUUAUGACUAAUAUUUUUCUUUCGAUUCCUAGAAAACCGAGCUGAAAAUCUACCGUACACAAUUACAUUGCAAUGGAUAGUUCAAAAAUUAAAAAUUGUAAAACUCUUUCUUAGUCAGUUUUAGAAUACCAGGAAUCAUUUUUCUAUUUCUUAAAUUUUCAAAUUAUAUUUGUAUGCGUAUUUUUGCAUGCAGAAAAACCUCCUUAUAACGGAGUCACUCGAUAAUAACUGAUUUGUCCGCUAUAAAGCAGUUUUCGUUAUAGGGAAAAUAAAAUAUACGGGUAUAAGUUAUGCAGAACUAAUGUUGGUUUCCGUUUUAAGGAAAUUCCCGCCUUAUAAGGAGUCCGUUGUUUAAGAAGGUUUUACUUUUUUUUUCAUACAGUACUUUGACGAUGCAAAUUUUUCGCCCAUUAGUACUUAUUUAUUUGAAACGUUCUGCUAGAUCACCGGCAGUUUUUCUUAAAAAUUAGGAAAAACAGUGGGUACAUUGGUUUUAGUAUUGCUGAUUUCUGGGGUACCAGUCCACAAAGCUAUAUAAGCGGAAAAACACGGUUCAUAAAUUAAACUUACCACUUUAACGAGUGUUGUUCAGAGUCGUUUUUUCAAUGAUGUAUCGUUGUUUUCGGUGUAUAAACUAAAUCAAUAUGCAUUCGAGCCUCCCACCUACAACAUACUCGUUGCGCGAAAACUGUUUUGCGUUUUUAUUUACAUAUUUUUUUUUAUUUUAGCCACUAUAACUUUGAGCUCUACUUAUAAAUUAUAACUAGCGUCUAGCAUUGGUAUUUCAGUAUCUGUAUUAUGUAUGACGACGAAGAAUCAUCGUUUGUGUUACUUACUCAUAUAAGUAACAUGAUGCGGUCUGCAGUUAUAUACGCGUGGAGUUUUACGGUUUAAGGCAAUACGAGAGAAUGGACAACGAGAACCAAAGUCGGGGGCCGCAGACGUGGAAUACGGAAUGAGAUUAUAAACUCAAUAAUAACGGCAGAGAACCUCUAACCGCGGUUCGUAUAAAUAAAACUGCAGUCGUCGGCCCUUUCCCGGCCAGGUAACAACAAUAAUAGGAGUUAAACUGUUUACCUACUUUUAUUGUAGUGUGUGUCCCGUACACGUUUUCGAUCCAAAUCUUUUUAAAAUAAUAAUAUUGCGUAUUUAGAGGUAUAUUCGAAAACAACAAAUGCAUCAUAAUACAUUCUGUUAUGAUAACAUGCUUGACUAAUGAUUAGGUUCCUACCUACCGAGUCCAGGUCAUUGCAUAGUACGUAUUAUAUAUUAAUACUUCGGGCACGUCGCUUUAGCGGAGUCACUGGGGCUAUAUUUUAUCAUUUAUAUAAAGAAAUCUGGGCAACAAAUUCGAAGGGCGUGGUUCGUUAUUUAUGCCAUGACUAAAUAAAUAGGUAUGUUAGACAAAUUGUUUGGCACAUAUUAAUAUUAUUGAGCGUGCCUUUGGCUUGGAAUAUAUAAUAGAACAACGGAGAAAAAAAAAAUGAUUUGAUUAAAAUUGGUUGGCUUUUUUAUCACAGUUAUUGUGCAGAAUAAACGGUUAUAUUAUAUUCUACCGUUUCUUUCAAUUCUGUGGCACAUGAGCAGUGAUAAGAAUGAUGAUAUGCUUAUUUAUUUAGUUUAGGUUUGAACGAAAAUGUUCGUAAAAUAUCCGUUACACUUGACCCACACGAAAAUAGUUACUGUGUUGCGACAUUUGCGAAAUUCGCAACCGCGGUAAUAUUACUAUCAUGAACUAUCUACUUGUAAGCAGGGUGAUAGUAACUGUCGAAGUAUUGUAAAACAACUGUACAAUAUCUUGCACGCAUAAUAAAUGCAAUUGACCAACGUGAGGCUGGAAGAAUUAUAGCCGCUAUCACUAUACGAACAUCAUAAUAUACUGUCGUUCUAUAUUUUACUAUCAUUAAAUGUUAAAUUAUUUGUAUUCAAAUUAUUGAAAAAUUAUUUAACACAAUCAUCAAUUUUGUUCGUCUACUAUAAAAUAAUAACCGUUUUCUUAUAAGCGAUAAAGUGAUGACGAAGAAUAGAGCUAUCUACUCGUAAUAGCUAUUGAUCUGCGAAAAUGUUCAGGUCAUUAUCUGUUUGAAGAGUAAACGACGACGAGCUGAAUGAUGCGAUGGAUAGUUAUUAUGAUUGGAAAAUUACUAAUGGUGCACUGAAAUAAUAUUUACGUUAGUGAAUGAUGCAAAUCAGGGAUAUUAUAACAUGAUAAUAUGAUAAUACUGUAUGUCCGUUGUUGUCAUAUUAUAAUAAUAUUGCAUGUUGUUCGAUAGAAACAAACACCUACGCGUUUCAAACGAUUCGGCUAAAUAACGAAACCGCCGCAGCGCCAUCGGGUAAUACUGCCAUUGCCGAAUCGGAAUAACAUUUUACAGUCACGCGAUGGUUGUGUUUACAGGGGGUAACCAUCAUAUAUUAUGAUACCUCGAACUGAUAAUUUUAUAAAAUUAAAAUAUUAAUGAAAUACCCAGUUUAAUAAUUAGUAUGAGGUACCUAUGAAUAGUUUAAAAAUUAUGCCGGGAUUCAAAAUUGAUUUUGAUUUUCUAUAAAAUACUGAAUGUAAGUCCAGAUAACCUUAUGCCUGAAAUGCUGAUCGUAAAAAAAAAAGUGGCAACUAAAUAAAUAAUAUUUUUAAAUUGAAGAUAUUAUACCUAUAAUUGUAGACGACGAUGUUUUUCUAAAUGUUUACAAACUUUUCAAUGUAGUAUUGACCAUAUCAACAAGUCCUGCAAUUGUGCGUCGUAAGAACUCUCAUCCUCAUCUAUGAGGCGAUUACAGAAUAACCAAUAAUAGGAUCACCGACUUGUCAAUAAUUUAUGUUGAAAUAGAUUUAUCGCAUGCCAUAGAUGCAUAUCUAGAUGCAUAUGCAGAUCUAUGUAGAUCUAUAAAAUAAUAACAUAUUAAAUAGGUUUACCAAAGAAAACGUUAAAAUUGUAAAAUAUGUCAUGGAUAUCAAUUUCAAGUCAAGAAAUAGCUACAAAUCUAUUUUUUUUUAACUAGGCAAUUUACCUCUUCACUUUGAUUUUCGUAAAACAUGAGUAUUUAUGAAAUAAAAUAUCUAGAUGAUAUAUGCUACACGCGUGUAACUAAAAGUAACGAUAAAUUAUAGCAAUCAAAAUACGACUUUGAGUAGAACUCGAUAAACUGAUAAAGUUAUGGGGGAAAAUUAGUAUUUUCUAACCUUAUAUCCUUGAGUAAUAGAAAAUAUCUUCUCUUUUGUUUUUAGUUCUUUACAUUUUUAGAGGAAUCAUUAGGAAUAAAGCAACAUUUUUAAAUACAGCUGGGUGAAAAAUGUCAAAUAUUUAAUAAAGUAAUAAAAGAAUAAAUUGGACCAUUUUAUUAAUCGAAAAAGUGUAGAAAAAAAAAAAAAACAAAACAAAACAUAUUGAGAAUAAUCGAAAAUUAAUUCAAAUUAAGUCAUUUUGUCCAAUCGUGUUAUUCUUAAUACAGAUAAUCGGAUUUAACUUGUCACAACGCGGAAAAUUCAUGAAUUAUGAUUGUAAUUAUUAUAAUUUUUUUUUUCUAUCAAAAAUCAUACAAUAAAAUGCGAAUUUCACCAAAAAUCAGAGCUGCCCGGUUUAUUGCACCAGAACGACCGAACUUCUCAUUUUUGUUUCUAAAAAUGAGCUCUCCAAAUGAUAGAUACCUGUCACGAAAAAUCCUGUACUUUCACUAUCGACCAAUAGCUGCGGAUAUUAUUAAAUUAUCUUGUUCGGACAUCAAAAGACAAACACGGCGCGUGUAUCUGUAUUUCAAUUCAUAUUACAUCGCCCACUAGUCGAGUGCUAUCAAAACGAUUACCAGAUCUGUCCGCACAGGGACCGUGCCCACACUUUAUACCACUAUUGGUUUCAUUCUGUGGGCUAUAAAGUAUUAGGUUGCGGAUGUUAUAACAUCACCGCUAGACGGUUUAAUACGAAUAACGAUUUCUAAUAACGAAUUUCAGCACGGUCCGUUUGAUUUGCCACGGAACCCCCGUCAAAGUCGAUUUAUAUAAUAUAACAAGCGGUCGUUACAAUAAUUAAUAGUUACAAUAUCAAAACAUUAUAUUGAAACCCGUGGUAAAGUUCGUAAGUUUCAAUAAUAUUUGUCUAUCGUUCGUAUUUUAGCAUAGUAAAACUAGGCCAAACUUGUUUUUGAUAACCAUUGCAUACAUUCUAAAUUUUUUAUCUCAAAAUAUAAAAAUUUGGUUGAUAAUAAUCAUAGAGAUCUGUAAUUCUCACAGAAUACAUGCAUUAGUCUUUUCUAGACGUGGUCAAUUUUUCAAACCAUUAUUUCGUCAUUUUUGUUUUAUUUGGCUUAAUGUGAAUUUAAACUGUUAGGCAGAAUAAAAAUGCUGGAAUUUUUACAUAAAUUAGCUAUUUUUUUGUAAACAAAGAUGAAUUUUAUCGAAAAUUUGACUUUAUUUUAAAAUUUAAAUAACUCUGUGUUUAAUUAUAUUACAUUGUAUUUAUAUAUAAAUUACUAUUUAUAAUUACUAAUUAUGUAUUUAUAUAUAAAAUUACUGCAUUUUGAAACAUGUUUACUGUUUAACUGAACUUCGUGCAGAAUCAUAUUUCGUUAGCGAUCAUUUAUCGUUUCCCUCUAUCUCAUCUACAACAGUGCGAAGUAUGUACAUUUGUUUUUAUAAUACGUUCUAUAUUCUUUAACUUAAGACUGCGCGAGUCUAUUUUUACCGAUAUUGUGCAGAUAAAGUAAUUAUUUAUAAAAAUAAAAAAAAACCAUCAGAAAGCGGUGAUCGAUAAAAAGACAAUUUCCUGAUUGCAGAGUAUACCGGAACGGCGUGCGUCUCGGAAGGUCUCAAAAUUGCGCGAUUAUAAUGAGGUUGUUUCCAGUCGUGAUUUUUUUUUUAGUUUAUCAAAUAUUUAAAAAGGAAAAAAAAUUAUAAAUUAAUAUUUUAUUAUUUGGACACGAUUAAAAUAUUUGCAACAAUUUUAAAAUAAGUCAUUAUGGUGCCCUGUAAUAUUAUUGUAAGGCCAACAUAUUUUCACCGACUAAGGAACCCCCCCCCAAAAAAAAAAAAAAAUAACAAAAUGACUAAAUAAUUUAGAACCAAAUAUCUCGUGGCAUAAGAAAAUUCUAUUAUACUUAUACUAUAUUGAAUUAUUAUAACAUGGUUAUUUAUAUAUAUAAAAUGUCGAAUAAAAUUAAUUUUUAAUCCGUCAAUCUCUGGAAGGCUUGAAUAUUAGAUGCAAGUUUGUACAAAACAUCGGUUCCUCUGGGGAAUCCAAACACCAAGAGCGCUAACGAUGAUUAUAAUAUUUUGUGUUGCGCAUAAGAAAGAUAUUUGUGUCCCAUAUUCAAUAUUUAGAACGACACGUGCUAAAAUACGUUUUAUCUAUUGUUUUAUAAAUUAGUCACCCGGAGCGCGGUGGGCAGCGGAAUAAUUUCUAAGGCCGAGCAGGUCGUCUAUUUUUCUGUUGGCUAUGAUUAAAUGGCAUACCUUAAAAAUUUAAAUACCUAUAAAAUGUAAAUGUAAAGUAUUUUAAUUGUAAAACACUUGAGAUAAUAUCAAGUAGGUAAUUAUGUACUCGGAUAAUAAAUUAUAAUAACGAAACGAUGAGUCUGCAACUGCCGACUGCCGACCGAUGUUUUCAUUGGGGUACGAGACAACCCUCCCAUCCCUUCCCGUCACCAAUUGCAAGAUGCCCCCUCCCCGGCAAGACGUGUGCAAACUCUAUUUUACAGACGUCUUGCACUCGUGUAAGUAUAGGUAUGUGAUCCGUGUAUAUAAGGAAACAACGCAAACAACGUGUUAAAACGCUUUCGGGUCACUUGCGACGUGAAAUCCUCGAGCCGGUCUCGUCGGCCGUCCCUCGCGCUAAACCGCAUUGCGCUUAACGAACCCGCCGAAUCGCGAGAAACACCGCCGCCGCCGCCGCCACCGUUUUAUUCGACGCAGUGUUUAUUUUGCAGAAAACUUUGUCCGGAUUACUAUUAUAAUAUUACGUGUAUAUAGACUCAAGAAAAUAUUAUUUGACGUGUCACUGUACCUACGGGCACAAGUGAUUCGCACUUAUCCAUCAGCCGUCGAAGGACAGCAGCGAUUAUCGCCAAACAUAAUAUUAUUAGGUAUUUAUGUUGAACGGAAUCGGGCAGUUAGGUAUACCUACUGUUCAAUAAUAAAAUAAUUGAAAUUAUUAUUAUUAAUAAUUUCUCGAAUCCAAGGCCUUAAAUCAACAAGAAUGAAGACUUAAAAAGCAUUAAGCUCUUAAAAAAUAGGGUAUCUAAAAAAAAAAAAACGAAAAUUAUAUAGAGGUUUUGAAAAUCUAUUUUCCGACGGCUUUUGUAAUAUUAGGACAUUUUAUUUAAUAAGUUAGAGCCGUUAGAAGGGAACAAUACGUUUUUAUACAAAAAAAAAAAAAAAUAAAAAAACUUUAAAAUCAAAAACAAAGCUUAAAAUUAUAUACGCUGUUAUAAAAGUAUAGUUUCCGUGGCAGGCGAAUCAUCACAUAUUCAUUUGACAUAAUAAUAAAUUCAAAAUAAUAACACAAUAAUAAAAAAAGAAAUUUAUAUAAUCGCGGUAGUGUUCCGGCAAUGUCAUAGUUAUUGGAUUGUUUAUCAUACAAUCCUCGCUAAGUGUUGUGUUACGUCAAUGAUCUUUUGAUAUGCCUACACAAAAUCCUUUACAGAAAAGAUGUAUUCACACCUACAUGUACUCUAGGCAUUCAAGUAGGUUUUGCUCUUGGCCACGAACAUGAUGAAAAAAUAACGGUAAUAGACAAAAUAAAAAAAGUCAUCAAUUUCGUCAAUAACCCAUAAUCAAGUAUCGAUACUAUCGAAAUGUCUGACUAAUCGAUAUAGUAACCAUCGAAAUUAUCAAUUGAGUUUUUAAACAUCGAUAGGUAUCGAUUAAUCGCUCAGGUGAUUCAUUACCUUUUUAAAAAAAAUGUAAUGACAUUACACUUUUCUUUCUAAGUGAAACCGUAUCCGUAGUGGUCAUUUUAUGAAUAAAAUUAAAAUAAUUGAAAUCAAAUUAUUUUUUAAAUAUGCGAAAUCAUAUUUACGAUAGUUUUUCGUAAUUUUUAUGAGUUUUGACAAAAUUUGAACUCCAAAUUAAAAACAAACGGACAAAUGUGAAUUGUAUACAAUUUUUUUUCCUACCAGUUAGAAAAAAAAAAUAUAAGUUAAUCGAAGAAUAGUAUGCAAAAUGUGAAAUUCCACAGAUGGUUGGUCUCGUGGAAAAAAAUUAAAUGUUCAUGGAUAAUUUAAAAAAAAAAAUAAAAAACAAUAUUUACGUUUGAACGAUGUUAAACACUCUCGAUAGUAAAAACGAAAAAAAUAUUUGUACUCCAAAGACCGGCAAAUGCAAUUUAAAGGCACUUGAACGCUUUUAAUGUUGUAUCGUUUUAUUGGUACCCAUUGCAAAAGACAAAAAUAAUACACAAAAGUGUACGAAGAGAAAGCAUGAAAAAUAAACUUUGUAUGUUACCAAAGAAUUUAAACUAAUCAACUAAAAAAAAUAUAAAAACGGUGAUCUCUUAAAACGACCGCGACGUAUAUAUUUCUUAUUGUUUUACUCGGUAAACUUUUCGAUCUUUGUUCUCGAAGUGUGUUUUUUUGUCAAUAUACUUUUUCCUCCUAUACUAUUAUUAUAAUAAAUUAAGUUAUGGAGUGUACCGGAUAAAGACGGCAGCAUUUACACAUUAAAUUGGCGAUUUUCAUAUAAUUUUCGCCAAAAAUUAGAAGCUAUUGCACCGUUUACCUAUUGUUUUGUUUAUUUUUAUAUUUUCUCGUUAUUUAUUUUUAAAUACUUUCAGCAGCUUUUUCUAGACAAAAUGAACACAAAAUUGGAAAUUAUUUUCAUUUUGCAGGCAGAUUAAAGUAGUAAAAAGUCGGGUUGAAUUCCAAUAUAAAUUUCAACAUUUCGAUGCAGAAGAAUCAUCUUUAUAAUUUCAUGGACAUAAUUUCUGGACAUCUGUAACCUUUUAUUUUUAAAUAUCGUAAAACAUUUGCAAUGGAUAUUAUAUCUUGUCAUAAUAAUAUUUAGAAUUUGAAUAAAAUUUUAUUUUGCUAUUUUCUUUAUUUUCCCGCUUUUAAAUAAUUGUUUCGGAACCAGACCAUUAUGUCCAUAUUAAGUGGCUGCUCGCAUUAACCGGUAGCCACAUUAAGCGGAAUCCACUGUAUUUCUAUAAUAUGAUACAAAAUAAAGGAGGCGGAGGAAUUUAUUCUAUUACGACGGAACUCUGCUGGUGGUGGUGGUUUUUUUCUACCUAUAAUCGAAAUGGUCUUCGUAUGCCAAUACAUUUUAAAUUAUUGAAUUUCUCGCCCCACCCACUUAUUUCAAAGCUUUACUAUUAAUGUGACUGCGGAACAUCCUUUUAACGGUUUAUUUAUUCUACGCGCGUCGACGGCCAAUAUUUUUCAAGAAAAAAGGUUUUUCAAAGUGUACCUACCGUAGAAAUAUUAAAAAAAUAUUAUAGAUAGUUGUAUACAUGUUUAGUGCCACGCUGAUGGUUUUGCGGAGUCCUCGGGUAGACUUCACGGGACUCGGAAAUUUAAUCAUAUUUCUUUCAAAAUUGUAUUGUUGAUAUAGUUGCCCUUAUCUACCUUCACCUACUUUUUAAGCCCCGCAAUAAAAUUAUUUAAAUGUUGACGCCUUAUAAUAAUUAUAUUACUGCGUGACCGUAAAAUUUCACGAUCUGUAUAGACGAGUGUUCAUUGAGUUUUGUAAACCUGUAGUUUUAUAGAUUCGACGAAUAGCGUGUGAUAUUUUGGGUUUACUACGAUGUGUUUAUGUUUUCUUUUUCUUUUAAAAAUUAAAUAACUUUAUGUAUUCCCACCUUCUCACCUAUCAACCUAUAAAAAUGGCUCCCGCUCCCGUCAGUAUCAGCUUUUUUUUUUCGAGUUUUUUUUUCCACAAAUAAUAUUCUGUCAAACGAUAGAUAUAGUGUAUUAUUGACGUUUAAAAAUGUUUUUUUUUUUUCGUGUGCGGUAGGUAGGUACUUAUAUUUAUCUUCUAGAGAAAAACUGUCUGUUUUUCACGAAGAACAUUUGUCAGAGAGCAAACGAGCCGUAAUGUUGUUUCGGGUGCAUAUUAUUUCCGUCGAAAAUUAAGAAAUUUAUCAAAUUUCUAAAACAGUUUCCAAUAUUAGUCUGAAACUAAUAAUAUUCCCGAAUGUUCUUUUUUUUUUUUUGCCUCUUCUAUAACGAGUUCUUAGCGAGCAAAAGAGUGACGAGCCAACGCUCAAUUUUUUUAGUUAAUUAUAUUAUAAUAUUCCGUUUGGUUUCCGGGCUAUUUUCAAUAUUAUAUUUUUUCCGUUUCUUUGAUUCCAAAAUCGUUUUGACAAAAUGUCGACGUUUCAAACAAACCUUCGUAGGUCCGUUUUCGGAAUGGUCGACUAUUUAUUAUCUACCGUCCGUCGAAGGCGCCGCAGCCUAUUGCUCUGUAGUCACAGUUUUGGAUCAUAAUUUAUAGCCAAUCUCUGGUUCGGAUAGAAGGGAUAAUAUUUUGGGUAUCGGUUGAUCACGGUUGUUUUGAUGACAUCACAUAAUAUUUUCGUUGAUACUUCGCUUAUUUCUUCUAAUAUUUUUCCUCGUUUAUUAUUUUAAUAAAACAUAAAUUGUUCUUAAAGCCCUAACUUGAAAUAAAUAUUUAUUUUCAAUUCGUUUUUUUUUUUUUUUUUAGACAUGAAAUUUGUAUGCAGCGUAUAUUUGUAUUAUCCGUCAUAGAAUCAAUCGUACGUCAGCAUGUUAUCGUAAUUUAUAGAUAACUAUGCGUUUUUGUCAAGUUAUUAAUCAAGAUUAUAUUUUCCAUACACAAAUACAAAUAAAACAGUGCCUAGUACCUAAAUAUCUUAGUAUUUGAAAAAAAUUCAUGGCAUUCUCAUAACGCAAUGUCUUACCAAGUAGUUUUUUUAGCAUUAGGUAUAUUAUACAGUCUGUCCACGAAUACAGUAAACUAUAACGUUAUCUUAACAUUUUUUUUCUUUUAGUUUGUGAAUUUUCAAAAAAAUAAUAAAUUUAAUACUUUUUAGAGAUUCCAAAUUCUAUUAUUACACCUUAAUCAGAGAACUAUAAUCAUAUUGGGAUAUUUUACUUCUCAGGUAAAAAAUAAAAAGCUUUCCCGAAUCCCAACUCAAAUUUCUUCAGCAAUGAAUUUGUAAAAAACAGAUAAAAGAAAUAUAAUUUACUCAGUUCAAAUAUUAUUGAAUUUGGAAAAAUACAGUUUAAUUAUUAUUGUACGUUAUAAUUCAAUGUUAAUAUUUUAUCCAGGAAUUUAUCAAAUACAAUUUUUUUUUCUUUUUAAAGUUAUACUUUAUUUCUAGGCGAGGUUUCUAUACAGAGAAAGGGUGGCAAUUGCCAAUUACAAUUUUAUUUUGGCCAAUAAACAAAUCGUUUUCUGAUUAUUAUGAAGGGGCGCAGAUGGAUUCCCAGGUAUAAACAAACUGGUUAUGACAUUUUUCUUGGUUAUAAGUAUUCGAAAGGGACAUAAAACAGUGCAGUACGAAAUUUCAUUUAUUUUAACCACCAGGUCAUAUCUCAAACCAUAAUACUUUUCUGUGUCGUAGUGUUAACAAAAAUGUAAUAACUUGUAAAAUAUUUUUUUUUAUCAACAAAAUAUUAUAAAUAAAUAUAAACUUUAAGAUUUACAGCCCGUGGAAACCCCCCCCCCAAUCACCCAAUCACCUUUUUAAAUAUGUCCAUAACGAUGAUUUUACAAUCAUAUAAGCUGAUUCGUCAUAAUUAUAAUAAUAUAUUUGUAUUGUGACUUUUUAUUGUUUUUUUUGUGUAUGUACAGAUGAACACGAUCUUCAAGAAGCCAUUAAAGUUCCGUUCGAGGACCCACAGUUGUAUUUUGAUAAAGGGGACGACGGUUUUCCGGCGUUCGGAAUUAAACCAGGAUCCGAUAUUAAAUCGCCGUAUCGGUUGUUUCUGCCGGAAAAAUUGUAUCCGGAAUUCUCUAUCGUGGUCAAUUUCAAACUGAAUUCCACAACCGGUGGAUUUCUGUUCGCCGUCGUCAAUCCUUCGGAAAACGUGAGUACUUAAGGAAAAAUGUUAUUUAAAACGCUUUUUUGUACUUUUUUUUUUCAAACAAUAAAAUAACUGUAUAGGUCGUAUUUAUGUACAUAACGUUAUAAUUUCACCGGGUGCAGGCGUCAUACCGGAUCUGCAGAGUUCUGCAGGUGUCGUAAAACAAAAUCAACUACUAGUAUAAUAUAGCUGCUCAUUUGUUUAGGAAUGAAUAGAUUUUAUCUUUUACAAAUCAUAAUAUUGCAGUCUGUAUAAUAUUAAUGUUAACGCAAAUGAAAAAUCAAAUAUUAUUUGAAACGUUUUGUAAAAUAUUAAUCGAAUUUAAACAAAACUGGGUGCUUUGAGACUCACAGGUAAUAUUAAAUAUUUAUGGGAAAGUAAUUAAAGUUUAUAGCGUUUUUUUUUAAAUUCUUAAUUAUUAUAAUUAGAAGCUGUACGGAGUAACUUUAUUAAGUUUUUGGUAAAAGGAAAGAGAAUAUUUAUACGAAUAUAUUUAAAAUAAAUUCAUAAUUUUGUUUUGAAUAUUUAUUUUUUUUAUUAUUUAUUUGGUGAUAAAAACUUUAAGUUAUAAUAUAAUUUUACUGUAACUCACUGAUACUUAUUUAAAAAAAUCAAGUGUAAUUUUAUUGAACUGCACUUAAAAAUAUAGACAAAUACAAUGCUAGAACACUUACUACUUUUCUUCUUUAUGACACCGAUGUCACUCCAAACAUCCAAACCUCCAAUUUCAUAUUUCUAUCCUCUUCCUAGUUUCUCCAUAUACAGAGUUCCUCACUGAGAUUUUGACAAAUACAGUAAUUUUUAUUUUUUUCUUCAAUAUUUUGGCUUUUUUUGAAAUUUAUGUAUAAAAUUACUAGAGUAUUACGCUAUGAUUCUUGUAUUUUAUAUUUUGUUGAACCAUAAAUAAAACAUUAACAUUUUGUACAGAACCCACGAUACACUAUAAAUUUAUUUAAAAAAAAAAAUUUUAAUAUUACACAUUUUUAAUAAUGACGAUUCGUUAAUUUUCUACAAUUUUUGGAAGUUUAAAAAAAUUGUAAACGAAAUUAUUUUUAUUGACAAAUUUGUAAAUCAAUUUAUAUAGUUUAAUAAUGGAAAUAAAAAUAAUUGCAGACAUUUAAAAACUCAUUAUCUAAUAAACACUUAUAACACCAAAUAUGUGUUUCAAAAGAAAUUUAUAGAAAGGCCUUGGAUUUUGUAAACAAAUUUAAAUUUUUGUUUUUAAGGUUUUUUAAAAAAAUAUUAAAUGUAAUAAUUAUAGUACAAGACUUGUAGUGAUUAUUCCAAAAAUGAAAAACUUGAAAAAUAUUGAACAGGGCUGAUGUAUUUGCAUUUAUCAGAUCUCCAUGGGAUAUUCUGUAUUUUUUGACUACCACAUCUGUUGCCCUCUUAUCCCCAGUCUUCCAAGGGUUCUUAACUACGUCGGGAACUUAUCCAGCAAUAUAUGAAGUAACGGGAGUUGACUUUUCCUGGCGUGCUCUGCCAGUUGUAAUCUCAUACUUCUGAUGAUGGGUUCUACGAUGUGAAGAUACAGCAAUUCGAGUUCCUUGCACUUUCUUAUUUUUGCUCGUUGAACUUGGUACAUAAAAUCUUUUGAAACUUCACAAAACCAAAAAUGUACAUUUAAAUUAGAAAAUUCCAUAAAAAAAAAAAAAUAAACUCGAAAUGAACCUUAUAUAUUAUAUAGUUUAUAGGCGUUCAAAAUAUAUUAAUAGUAACCGGUAUUUCAUUUGUCAGCUUUAUUAUAAAAUAUUAAAACAUAAUUUUGAAAGAAGCGACGAUCGGAAUAUAAAAUAAUGUGUUUUAGGAGACGAAAAAAUAAACGAGCUAUGAAAUUAACAAUUUGCGAAAAUCGUACGGAAAAACGGUUUUCUGAUUACGAACGAUUUAUAUAAACGGCGGCGCAUAACGAAUAAAAUAUAUGAUGCAUAAAUAAUUGUAUAAUCUAUUUAAAAAUAAUGAUACAUAAGUAAGUAUAUAAUGAAAAUUAAAGAAGAAAAAAAAAACGAACCGACAAAAAAGUAAUUGGAAAAUAAUGUAGAAUACACAUAGUACCUAUACGCGGGAAAGUAACGAAAAAACGUUAUUUAAAACCAGUAACGGGACGGACGAAAAUAGUUUUAAUACAAUGCGGACGAAAUAAUCGAUUUCGCGCAUUAUAAUUAUUUGAAAAUCCGGAUUGAAAAAAAAGAAAAACCGUCCCGAUCAUGUAUACAACACAUCAUCAUUCGGUAAUAUUUGGUAGAGCGUGUCAAACACGUAAAUGACGCACUGUUCAAAGAAAUAGUGUGCACACUACGCGUAUAUAUUUAUACAUAUGUUUUUGGAAACUCAUAUUGUAAUACAUAUCAUGGACGCGCAUAUAUUAAUUUCACCAAUCGCAAAUAAAAAAAAAAAAAAAAUCCAAAAACAAAUUUAUUUUAACGUUUUAUACGUGAUCAGAAUAUUAUUGUACGCCACAUAAUGUUUUCGGAUCCUUAGAAUCAGUCAGCCUUUUUGUGUGUUUAACCAGUUUUGAACCAAUCGAUCGCGUACAAAUUAAAUUGUAUGAAAAAAAAAAAAAUAUAUGGAAUAAAUACUAUUUACAUUCGUCGCUCUCAAAACGUACACAGUGUGCCUCGAAAACAUUACCAUUUUAAUUCUCAGAAAAAAAAUAAUUACUACGAAAAUAACUGUCAAAUACCUCUGUGCGAUUCGUUCGCAGUAAAAUAGCAAUUUAAUCGUUCGAUAGACAAUUUUUUUUUUUUUAAAUAAUUAUAACGAAAAAAUGGUAAACCUUAAAUUUGUGUAUAAUUUCGUACCCGUUCACUUGGUAUAAUAUUGAAUUCAGUUACCGCACACCUAGCAAAAUCAAUGCUUAUCUUUUAUUACUCCACUCGUGUAUGUUUGGUCUUAGGAAAGAAGUAAAUUUUGUAUAAUUUUCGAUACAAUUAAAUUCAAUAGGGAAAAUUGCUCGCUAGCAUAAUCAACGGCCUAAUUGCUAGAAGGCUUAACAUAAAUCACCUCAGUGCCAGAUCCAACAAAGGGUAGUAUAUAAUAUGAUUUUUUCUUGUUUUAUUCCAAAAAAUAUAGGUACUAAUUUUUAUUGUUCUUCCCUGAGCCUGAAACCCCGUAGAUACAUUUUUUUGGGCUCUCAAUAAUUCUCGGAAAUUUGACCGAGAUUCAUUAUAAUCUGCUCUUAUGCCACUAUAAUGGCGAUAAUCAGUAGUUACAGUUCUUUUUAAGCAUUUUAAGUUAACAUUUUUAUGAAAAUUGUAAAGAAAAAAAAAAGAGUUGAUACUGGAAAUGGGAGCAACCACUGUUGUAGGUGAUAAUUUGGGAAGGUAGGAUACAUAAGGUUAUUUCAUUUAUAUCUGUAAACAACGAUAAACCAUUGCUUGACGAAUGACGGUUCUAAGCGUAGUUCGGUAACACAUGAUUUAUAGUGCUGUAAUUUUUUUCGUGACUUUCGUUUAUAUUUGAAUUCUAAAGACUUUUUAAAAAAAAAAAAAAUUCGUUUAAUGAUUUUGAAAUUUUCACCACGCUUAGGUAAGUCCAAUAUCAGUAUUAUUACCGAGUUUCAAUUAUUUACGCGUAUUUAUAACCGAAUUACAGCAAAAUAAUUCCCAAAAAUUAAAAUUCCUUAAAAGACGAAAGUGGCACUAAAGUUUUAAAACUCAAAAUAAAAAGGUAAAAGUAAAACAAAAAAAGGUGUUUUGUGAUUUUUCAAUUAAAUCAUUUUUUCUGUUAGAAAACAUCGUCCGUGUUCUUAUAAAAUAAUGGAAUCGUAAAAUUGUACGUUUUCUUAUGUUUUUUUCCCAUUUAAGUGCUUUUAUUUAAAAAAAAGCGUAGACAAAAAAAUGACAUCUUUAAAGUACAAUCAAGGCAACUUGAGCUUUUAUAAAAACGGUGAUUCAUAAAUAUCGAAACAAGUUUACCAGUACGAAACGUGUCCACAGACUAGAAAAAACAAAUAAAAAAAAAUAAACAUUAUAGUAAAACCAAUAGUUCCCUCGCUACGUUUUGAUUCUAAAAAAACGAAAUUUCGCGUCUAUAUUCCUAUUUAUAUGGAUAAAUAUUUGUUUGGCAAAAAAACACAAACAACUAUUAAUAUACUAUUCGACCUAAAUUAAUACAAUUUUAAAUGUUCGUUCAUCAAACGUUUAUGAUUAAUCAUGGUUAACCGAAUUUCGCUCAGAAUAUUUUUCAUCCGUAAUCAGUUUUAUGUAACAAUAUUUGAUUAAUUAUAUUUAUUAUAUGUUAUAUAAUGUGUUAUGCCAUUGCUCUAAAUAUUGUGAAACUAUAAGCGUUAAAUUAUGAAUAUCAAUUAGUAUAUAUUAUAAAAUGCAGAUUUUAUACAAUACUUCAUAAAAUCGUUUUUUUUUUUUUUUAUCCAGGAUAAACUCCAAAAAGACUGAAUAGAUUUUGAUGUGGUUUACACUAAUGGGUCGGACAAGUCUUAGGGACGGUUUAUAGCUAUUGAGAUCCAUCUCUUGAAAAACAUUCCCCAAAAUUAGGUUUUAGGUAUUAUUAUUAUUAUUAUUUAUUUAUUUGUAUUACCUUAGUAACACGGGUGAAAUGAAUAAAAAAAAAAAUUAAAAGAUUGAUCAAAACAUAUCUAUGGUAUCUAUGUUAAUUAAUAUAAUAAAAAUCUAUGCGCCAUAUUAUGUCAUAAAACUGUAAACUGUCUAUAAAAAUUGUUUGCGUUUUAAUCAUGCUUAAACAAAGAUCUAAUAUAGGACGCAAUACGGAAAAUAAAAUGCUAAAAGAGUACGCUUAGUACAUAGUGAUGAAACUUCUGCUGAUCGAGACUAUAGACUUUAUGUUUACUCAAAAAUAUCUAACAUUUCUACUAAGGCCUUGAGUUAGUUUAGGAAAGAACAAUAUUGUCAUCAACUAACGAGCAAGUCAAUAAAAUAAAUGACAUGGUACUGUACCAAAUGCACCAAAAAAAAAUGUAUUAUUCAGUUGACAUUGUUAUUGAUAGAAAGGAGGCGGUACAUUGUCCAACUGAAUUUUUAAAUUCUUUAACCCCCCCAGGGAUUCCACCACAUAAAUUCAUUUUAAAGGUAGGUUCACUUAUAACAUUACUCCAGAACUUAUGUCCACCAAAAUUAUGUAACGGCACCAGGUUGCAAAUUAAAUCUUCAAAAAAAUUGUCUGAUUGUGUGUUUGAUUUUAACUAGCUGUGGAAUUGCGAAAACGGUUUUGGUUCCUAGAAUACCUAUGAUAUCAACCAAUCUACCUUUCUAGUAUAAACGGUUCCAAUUUUCCGUGGAACUAUGUUUUUCAAUGACCAUCAAUAAGGCACAAUGUCAAACAUUAAAUUUCGCAGGUUUAGACCUAACCGUUUAAUGUUUUUCCAUGGUCAAUUAUACGUGGCUCUGUCACAUGUCACGAGAAACAGAAAAUUAUUCGUGGUGGCCCCAGAAGGUGAGACACUUAACGUGGUGUAUCCAGAUAUAUUUAAUGGUUAAGGCAAAUAGUAAUUUAAAGUAUAAAAAUAUAUGUCAUAACAGAAUACGUUUAGUCCACCUACGGUGGACUACUCACUUUCCAUCUAUUUAUUUUUAUUCAUAUUUUUUUUUUAUAACUGUGCCCCUGGUCUCUCGCAGGUGGUGCAACUGGGCGUGCAGACGGUCCCGUCAUCCGCAAACCGGCUGAACGUGAGCUUCUUAUACACGGACGUAAACAAGUACUCGUCGUCGUCGUCCAACGUGCUAGCCACGUUCUCGAUACCGUGGAAGGUCCGUAAGUAUUAUCGUCUAGGUCUCAAAGUGACCCGGAAAAACGUGCAGUUGUUCGGCCGAUGCCUGGACCCACAGUCCGUGGAGGUUAUCCGGGAUCCGAUGGAGUUACUGUUCGACUCGGCUUCUAUUCUAUACAUAGGCCAAGCUGGACCUCUAAUCAAAGGGCCGUUCGAUGUGAGUAAAUUUUAA